AUGGUUCUAAGGCCAAUUUCACAGGGCACUGAGAUGAAGGGGUCGCCUUCUAAUGCUUCUCACGCGCAGGAUAAUAGGCCUUUUGAGACUCCUAGAUCGACUGUGGUAUUUACCGGUGACGUUCCUUCAUUUUGGGCCGUGAUUUAUAUGGACAACAACGGAAACGUAGGAGAGACUUCGAAUCUCCCGUCGAAUUUCUUCACAGAGGAGCAAUACCAGGAUUUCAGAAAUGCCAGCGAACUAGCUGGACAACGAGACCAGCAAUUAUCGAUGCUGCCCGUUUCUACCGCCUUAAGAGUCGGGCCAUCGCGGCGCUCCAGUCGAUUCAAGCGCCGCAGAGGCAAUGUUCGUGAGGAACCGCUCGCUGUUGAGUGCAUAGACUCUUUCGACGACGAAAUGGAUCUUGUACCUCUCAAGAUUGGCGAUACGGACAAAGUGUCGGCUUAUUACGAAAGUGUCUUCAAGAGAUUACAACAGCUCAAUUGUCGGAUGUUGGCCAAAUCAUUCAUCAAGCUCAUCGAACCUCGUAAGCAAGUCAGACAUCCGUACAAUGGUGGCCGGGGCUCUGCGCCUGGUGAAAGAGGUGACCCAGAAAUGACGAAGCCCGAUUGGUGGCCCCGUGAUGUUAUUCAUAAGGAGCCUGAUCAUCUCAGAAAAGAGUUGCGUCUGAAACUUCUUGUCCAUAUCAUCCAACAACUUUUGCCAAUGGGAAUCACUGCGGACAAACUCGAGGAAGUUGCAAACGAUAGUAGGAGGCUCAUCAAGCCUCCCUCGAAGGUUGGGAUGCUGGACGAACUGUUCCGCGUCCGAAAAUUAGAAGAAAGUUUUGUGCGACAAGAAGUUGAUGCAACCACCGUUAUUUAUGUCGUCGAUCACGAAGGAGCCAAGAAGAAAGAGCCCGGAUCUGACUGCGAAGACGAGUUCGAGGAGGAAGUAGAGGAUUCGAAAACCCCCCCUGGGACGCCACACAUUCAGGCCUCGCAUGAUACUUCCCCAGUAGAUAUUUUCCAAAUGCCCCCGGAUCUGAACUUUGGAAGUCCAGACGGACAAAUACAAUUCCAAUCCUCGCAACCAGAUAUUGGACAUCAGUGCUUAGCAACAGCCAGCACCCCUAUUCCAGCUCCAGUCAUGACCCCGACAGCAAAUCAAUUCAUGCACCACUCCUCCCCCUUUCCCUCUCCAACAUCUCAAGAGCAAAUGCAAUCCAUCCACCACCCAAUACAGCCGCAAAUGAACACGCAAAGUUCAUUCUCAGCAUGGUCACCUGCUUUCAACCAAAGCAUGUUUACUCCUGUUGACUAUACCGGGGUAAACCGCCAACAGAUGGGCUACCCAGCAUACACCGUUUGUCCUACACCUCCAGCUCACCAAGUCCCGUCUCCUCACACAAUUCCUGACGUUGACCGUUCUCAAUUCCACAUGAUGAAUAUGGGAAGUUUACCUUUUCGCACCGGCUCUUUGAAUCACCCCAACCUCCUGCCACGCCCUGACGGCGCUGGUGUCCCACAAAUGUGA